AUGGAUGAUCAGCCGGCGCUUCCCGGAAAUGUCACCAACGAUUUCUGCUACGUCUCCGUCGGUCUGCAUUCCCCCGGCGUCUGGGGCUCCACAGACGCCGGGAAAUUCCUGAAUUACGCCCUGCCCCGGCUGCAGCUCCAAUUGGCCGUCAUUUUCGCGCUCACGCAGGGCAUUCAUCUCUUGCUCCGGCGAUUCCAUCUGCCUCGUAUUGUUUCCGAAAUCCUGGCUGGAAUCAUACUCGGGCCAACUAUCCUCGGCCAGAUGCCAGACAUUCAAUCUGCACUGUUCUCACAAGAAGGAGAUGUCUACUUGGACUUACUAUCCAAAAUCGGCUACAUUUUCUUUAUAUUCCUCAGCGGCGUGAAAAUGGACCCAAGAAUCGUCCUGAGGACCGGUAUCAAGGCCUGGACUAUAGGCGUCCUCUCUGUCACAGUCCCAGUCAGCGGUGGCUUAAUCCUCAGCAUACUGAACCAGACGAAUAUACACAGGUACAGAUGGCCAGCUUACAAAACAAUCGUCACCAUUCAGAACUUAUUCCCAUUCCCUGUUAUAGCCUCAAUGCUCGUCGACCUGAAAAUCAUGAACACUGAGCUGGGCCGUCUAGCCCUUGCAUCGGCCCUCAUAAGUGAUUUGGUCAGCAAUUUAACGUCCACAAUCAUCUCGUACGGGCGAAUAGGGUUAAUGGGCUACGCGGGCGUGUUAAUUACGCAUUCGUCCUUUCUCACCUUUUGUCUCGUUGUGUUCAUCUUGUUCGUGGCCCGUCCGAUUUGUCUGUGGAUCAUUCAGAAGACUCCGGAAGGAAAGCCCGUCAGCCGAUUCCACAUCAUGCUGAUGGCCCUUCUGGUCUUGAUUGUGGUCUUGCUCACGGAUAAUGUGGGCCUUAAUUACCAGUACGGCCCAUUUUUACUGGGCCUGGCUGUACCGGACGGGCCUCCAUUGGGGGCCACGCUCGAGGACAGGCUGGAGACUCUGAUUUCGGGACUGCUGGCGCCGUUACUGGUGACGUAUUGCGGGAUGAACGUGAAUUUGGUCGAGCUGUAUGAUCUGAAGUUCAUAGCCGUGGUGUGGCUUGUUCUUAUUAUAUGUUUCGUGAUGAAGUUGGCUGCGAUUUUCGUCACGGCGUAUGUGUGCAAGGUGCCAGUUAAGGAUGCCAUUGCCCUCUCCUUCUGCAUGAGCGCGCAAGGAGUGGUCCAGAUGUCCUUUUAUUACUAUAAUGCUAUAAAUCAGACUUUCGAUGGGGAGACCUUCUCGAUGCUCACGAUGUCCGUUCUCCUCCAAGCUGCUGGCGCCAACCUGGCGGUAAAAUCCAUGUACGACUACUCGCGCAUGUACACGGGCUACCAAAAACGCGACGUCCAGCACACUCCACCGACCUCCGAGCUCCGUCUCCUCGUGUGUGGCCACCGAGCCGAUGACACCCUGGCGGCUCGCGUCCUCGUCGAAUCCUCCUACCCGGGGAAAGAGAGCCCCCUCGCCAUCUACGCCCUCCACCUCGUCGAGCUCGCCGGUCGAGCCCACCCCCAGCUUAUUGACCACCAGCUCGGCCAGAAAUCUUCCGGCGGGUCCCGCACCCAAAAAAUGAUCGAGAUCAUCUCAUCCCUCGAACGCCACUCGAUCGCGGUCCAGCAGUUCACCGCCAUGUCGCUCCCGAAAUUCAUGCACCACGAUAUUUGCACCGUAGCCUUCAACAAACUCGCUUCUUUAAUCCUUCUCCCCUUUCACCGCAAAUGGAAUCACCAAGGGAAAAUGAUACUCGAUAGUAGCAGUUUACGGGCAAUUAACUGUGACGUGCUCAACAUGGCUCCAUGCUCGGUUGGCAUACUAGUCGACCGGCACAAGAUACGGAGGGGACAGUCGUCCGAUUAUCGAGUUGGGGUGGCAUUUUACGGAGGGGCGGACGAUAGGGAGGCGUUGGCGUACGCGCGGAGGAUGGCGCUCUCGGCUGGAGUGCAGCUGACUGUGGUGAGGUUCGUCGCAUGGGAUAUUUUUGCGGGGGAUAGUCAGUGGGAUGCGGUGCUCGAUGCCGAGAUAUUGAAGGACACGAGGCUGCAAGGGGCCCACCAGGAGAAUAUUGUUUAUAAAGAGGAGAGGGUGAGGGACGGGGCAGAGACUGCGCUGCUCGUGCACGCGAUGGAGGAGGAGUUUGACCUGAUUAUGGUCGGGAGGAGGCAUAAAGAUGAUAUGCCGCAGUUGUUGGGGCUGAGCGAGUGGAACGAUUUGCCGGAGCUUGGACCGGUGGGGGAUAUGCUGGCGGCGGCUGACCUCAGCACGCCGGUCUCGGUGAUGGUCGUGCAGCACCAGAACGUGAAAGCAAUCUGA